AUGAAGAGUUCAGUACGUCUAGCAAGUUUCGUAUGUCUCAUUCAUGUUGUGUUUCUCUCCAUUAGCCAUUGCAGGGUUUUCCUGCCGAACGAUCUCAGGCUUAUUGAGCAUACAUGCAACAAAACACCACACCGCGAUCUCUGUGUCUCUGCUCUUACCUCGGACCCUGAGAGUGCCGGUGCAGAUGUCAAGGGCUUAGCCCGCAUAAUGGCUAAUGUUAUACUUAGGAAAGCCACAAUUGAUACCCAACACAAGAUCGAGGGGAUGAUUGCGCAUAACCCAGGAGACCAACGCUUAACCAAAUGUAGAGAUGAUUACAAAGUAAUCAAAACAAAAAUUGACUCAACCAAUGCAUCUAUUACUAAACAUGAUUAUAAGUCGGCCGAGGAAAGCAUGAAUGAUGCUAUCGCUGAAGCUAAUAUAUGCGAAGGUCGUUUUCCAGGCAGAUCUCCUCUGAUAUAUGAGAACAAACUUGAGGCUGAUAUUGCUGAUUUAGCUGCUGACAUAGUAAUUAUGUAG